AUGCUUGGCUACCCACCCUUUACACCCACCCCCUCACUGCUACUUUUUAGCCGCACAGCACACGGAUCUUCCUGCUACAGCAGCAUUCACACAACAAACCAAGAAGCAACCAUGAGUGUUUACCCUACCAUUCCCGAUCUGGCGCCUAAGCGCGACUAUCCUACCCCUCGUCGACCGCCCACCGAUUUUGACUACUAGCUCCAACCAUUGUCCAGACAGCCUCUACACGAUGUACAUAUAAACUCUGACAACAACACGCAUACAGAUAUUCAGUAGCCAUUUCUCAUAAAUCAUUUGCCAGCUUGCAUAAAUACAAACUUGUGUCGA